AUGAAAGAACUUAAUCAAGUUUUAAAACCAAGAAAAAGCACUGCUCCAGGACUAGACAAGAUUUGCUACGCGAUGCUUAUAAAAUUGCCCGCAGAAUGUAAAGACAUAUUACUCAAAUUGUUCAAUUUGAUUUUGAACAAAGGGAGUAUUCCAGAUACCUGGAAACGCUCUGUUGUAAUUCCGAUUCUUAAAUCCAAUAAACAAAAAGACCAACCAUCUUCAUAUAGGCCUAUAUCUUUAACUAGCAAUUUAUGUAAGGUCUUGGAAAGAAUUAUAGUUCGCAGACUGAAGUGGUUUGUUGAAAAAAAUGGCAUAUUAUGUAGAGAACAGAGCGGUUUUAGGUGGAGGAGAUCUACAACUGAUGCAUAUCUAAAAUUACACGAUGACAUAUAUAAAGCUUUACCAAAUAAAAGAUCUGUACUUGGCAUUUUCUUAGACAUGGAAAAAGCGUAUGACAUGGUAUGGAAAAGAGGACUGUUAUACAAACUAUAUAACAUUGGUGUCACCGGGAAAAUUUGGAUUUUUGUUGCAUCUUUUCUGACAAAUCGUUCAUUUCAGGUUAGAGUAGGCAGUCGUCUUUCAAGUAUAUUCUCAUUGGAAAACGGAAUUCCUCAAGGGAGCGUAAUCAGUCCACUGCUAUUCAAUAUAAUGAUAAACGAUAUGCCUAGUACUAUUUCAUCAGAUAAUGUUGGAUUGUUUGCAGACGAUAGCGCUCUAUGGCACAUUGGUCUCAAUAUUGAAGAUUUAAUCAUUUCCUCUCAGAACUCGUUGGAUUGCAUUCAGUCCUGGUGCAAUCAAUGGGGUUUUAAGAUCUCGGUCACAAAAUCAAUAGUUGUACUCUUCACCCGAAAGAGAAAAUUACCACCAAUACAACUACACAUAAACGGUGUAAUACUCCCAGUCAGGAAUGAAGUAAGAUACCUCGGAGUCUAUUUCGAUAGGCGCUUAAAUUAUAAGAGACAUAUCGAAUAUGUUGUACAAAAAUGUAGUAAACGGAUUAAUCUGCUGCGUUUGCUUAUUGGAACUAGCUGGGGAGCUAACAAAUCACCCCUUUUGUCAUUGUACAGAUCCCUAGUUCGACCCAUUAUUGAAUAUGGUAUGGAAGCCUAUUUUUCAGCAUCAAUAAAUGCCAUAAGAAAAAUCGAAAUUAUCCAAUCUCAAUGUCUACGCAUCGCUGCAGGUGGCAUGAUGAGUACGCCUAAAAUUGCUUUACAAGUUUGUUGUAAUGAGAUGCCAUUGAGUAUAAGACGACUACAAUUAUGCCUCUUAUAUAAGGCUAAACUGCUAACAUUUGUUGACCAUCCUUGCCACGAAGUCAUCGAACACUCAUGGCAUGAAAUAUUUCCCAACUCUCCAGCAUUUCGUACAUUUGGUAUGAUUGCAAGGACUUUCGAUAUUGACAAAUUGGAUAUUAGUAUUAUUAAAGCCGAAGAAAUUCCCCCAUGGUAUUUGGACGAAAUUAAUAUCGACGAUGCAUUAUCGAAUAUACUUUUUCCUUGGUAUACGCCCGACCAAACAAAAGCUAUAAGUUUGGAUUAUAUAAAUGAAUCCUAUCAAUCACACGUGCAUAUCUAUACCGAUGGGUCAAAAAUUGAUGACAAAUGCGGUGCUGCGGUUUAUGUUCCAUAUAAUAAUUCUCGUAUGGGUUUUAGGCUAGACAAAGACUGUUCCUCGUUUGAUUGCGAAGUUUUUGCAAUAUAUAGUGCCCUUACAUGGUCAAAAAAUAACUAUAAAAGGAAUAUACUUGUCAUAUCGGAUUGUAUGUCUGCUAUACACGCUAUAAAUAAUAACUCGGAUCAAAUUAGUAAUAUAUCUUCAAAUAUUCAGACUUGUCUUUUUGAGUUACAGGAACAAGGAUGCAAAAUCACACUACUAUGGGCUCCAGGACAUGUUGGCAUUCCGGGUAACGAAGUCGCCGACAAAAUAGCAAAGGUAUCAGCGGCGAAAGUCGAUGUGGACAAAAGAUUAUCCCAAUCACAAAACAAAGUCAAAUCACAAAUUCGACAAUUCUGCGCUAAUAAAUGGGAUCAACAUUUUAUACAAAGUGACCAAGCGUUUCAUUACAAGACAAUUUUCCCCUCAAUUGAAGACAGCAUCAAGAAUUCCACUUGGUCACCACGAAUAAUGGACAAAAUUUUAUUUCGACUUCAGACGGGACAUUGCCGUUUAAAUGGGCACCUCCAUAAAAUAGGAUGCCAUAAUAAUGGACUUUGCGAUUUCUGUAAUGAUCCAGAGACAGUAGAACAUUUUCUAAUGAACUGUCGUGCAUAUAGAAAUGAAAGACGCAUACUAAAGAUGAAAUGCCGCGAUUAUGGCAUUGAAUUUCAACUCAAAGCUAUCUUACGCGACCCUAGCAUUUUCCCUGCUCUUGUUGAUUUUGUGAAAUCUACCAAGAGAGUAUUAUAG